GAAUCGAGAUUACUUUAAAAUGGCGACUGUCAACAAGGUCAUGCUGAGAAGGAUCCGAGAUUUCACCUCAUUAUGUCACCCUUUGAAACAUUGUGGAAAUUUAAACAUAGUCAGAUGUCUUUCAGCUUCCUCGAGCACUUUCAAGUAUGAUGACUUGGAGAUUGAACUUUCCAAAACUCUGAGACCUAAGCCUGAUCCCAACAGCCUUGUGUUUGGGAAGGAAUUCUCGGACCACAUGUUAGAGGUGGAGUGGCACCGUGAUUCAGGCUGGGGAAAGCCUAGGAUAACCCCCCUCCACAACCUGUCUCUGCACCCUGGGGCCAAGGCACUUCACUAUGCUGUAGAGCUGUUUGAAGGAAUGAAAGCCUUCAGAGGAGUAGAUGGCAAAAUAAGAUUAUUCAGACCUGAAGAAAAUAUGAAAAGAAUGAACAACUCUGCCACAAGAUGCUGCCUGCCAAAUUUUGAUGGCCUAGAGCUGCUGAAGUGUAUCAAGAAACUAAUCAGGGUGGAAAAGGAUUGGGUGCCACACUCAACCUCCAGCAGCCUGUAUAUUAGGCCUACCUUCAUAGGAACUGAACCUACUCUAGGUGUGACUGUUUCUAACCAGGCUCUCUUGUAUGUCUUGGUGGGUCCAGUAGGUCCGUACUACCCAACAGGAAUGAAGCCAGUCACAUUACUUGCUGACCCCACCUAUGUAAGGGCAUGGCCAGGUGGAGCAGGAGCUUCCAAACUGGGCAGCAACUAUGGUCCCACCAUUAGCAUCCAGAAUAUGGCUGCCCAGCAUGGGUGCCAGCAGGUACUCUGGUUGUUUGGAGAAGAACAGAACCUUACAGAAGUGGGGACCAUGAAUAUAUUUGUGUACUUGGUCAAUGAACAAGGAGAAAAGGAAUUGGUUACUCCUGCUCUCAAAGAUAAUUUGAUAUUGCCUGGUGUGACCAGAAAAAGUCUGCUGGAACUGGCUUAUGCAUGGGGUCAGUUUAAAGUGUCAGAAAGGAGGAUAAACAUGGGAGAGUUGACCAAAGCUCUGGCAGAGAAAAGGGUAUUAGAAAUAUUUGGAGCAGGCACAGCAUGUGUGGUCUGCCCCGUGGAGAAGAUACUUUACCAAGGAGAAUUUCUCCAAGUGCCCACCAUGGAGCAGGAAGACUCUCUAAAUGGCAAAUUCUUCCAAGUGCUCACUGACAUGCAGUAUGGUCGCCAGCCCAGUGAUUGGAUGGUAGAUGUUGACUAGAGGAUAACAAGGAACAUGUCACAGGUUUUAUAGGUUUUACAAGCUGGCAGCUAAUAGCUUAUACUUUAGAAGGGAAUAUGAUCAUAUUGGGGUGAUAAUGGAGCUACAAAUUAUGGUUAACAUGUAACUAAUCACACUCAUGAAGGCAUUUUUCACAAGGCCAAUUCUACAUACAUUUCCACUAUAAUGUUUUAUUUGACUCCAGUAUGAAUAAGAAUCUCUGCAAAACGUACAAAGAAGGUUAAGGAUUUCACCAUUUUUUAACAUUCUCAUCAUAAUUGUUCUCAUAGUGCGCACAUCGAAUAAUCAUGUUCCAUUAGUUCUUUAUGGCACAAAAAUGAAUCAAUAUGGCAUUAUGAUAGAAGUUUGAUUUCUGAUAUUACCAUUAUAACAGAUUACAAGGUUAUAUUUUACAGCAGUAUUUAUUACAGAUAUGUAUUGUUAUAGCACAGGCAGCUAUCAGAAUCUCAUCUUUGCAUUUUAGCAGAAGUACAUGUAGCUUGAAGUAGCUUUUGUCUUAUCAGCUUUGGCAACAUAAUUUCAGUCAAUAUAAAAAUAAAACUAGUGCAUUUUAACACUGUUAGUCAUCUUUUUGUAUGUUCAUGCUGAGCAUUGAUACUGUUUACAGAGUACCAAGUAAGCAGUAUGCUGUGCUUCUACAAUUUCUGAUCAAGUCACAGACUUGGCAAUAAAAAUGCUAAGGUUACAAAAUGUUCGCAAAGGUGAUACGUUCAUGUUUCAUUGUAACAGAGACAGCUUGUUACUGUGUUUUGUGUGGGUUAUCACAUUUCCAUAUUUAUUUAUAUAUGCAUACUGAUAUUAUGUAUGCCCAUACUUCUUGGCCCAAUACUUAUUUUUCAUUAAUUUUUUUGUUUUUUGGUUAAAUGCUCUCCAUGACUUUCCUUUCUGAGAGAUGAAAGUAAUGCAUUAACUUUAAAAUAUUGACUUAGAUAUACCAGUGAAGAUGGUUAUUAACAGUGAAAGCAUUGCACAGAUGUUAGGAUAAAAGCAAUAUAUAUAUAUAUAUAUAUAUAUAUAUAUAUAUAUAUAUAUAUUGACCAAGAAUGAUUUUUGUGUGUUAUAGUCAAACAUGAUGCUCAACUUCAUCAUUGUGGCAGCUCACUUUAUCAGUACAGAUUAGUUAUCUACAUAUCAGAUAAAGUUUUUGUUUGUGUUACAAAAAUCUCAUUUUGUUUGCUGUAGUUAGGUUUUGUUCUAUAUUUUUAUGUAUUGCUAUUUUAUGACUACAUGUGUAGAUAUGAUGAUAUUAUUUUUAUGCUUUUGCAUUAGAAAAACACAAGGUUUUUAUUUCUGGGGCACAGAAAAAAGUAAUGUCAUAUAUUCCAGUAAUUUUAUCGCUUUGUGAUUGAAAAAUAUAAAUGAGGUCUUUUACUGCAAACAUGUCAGUUAGUGAACACACUUUGUUGAGUAUUGUAUCUGGACAGGAGCCCCUUCCCAACAUUUCUAGCCACACACGCAGAGCCAUUUGACAUGUCCAUUAAGAAUUUUUAUUUAUUCAUCAAAACCACUCUCAAGUUUGAUGUUUCAAAACAUGGAACUUGAAAAAAAACUAGUUCGAUGGCAACAUGGAUAAAAUACUACAGAGUUUGGAGGAAAGGGAAGAAGGGCAACUGUCAUGAUGACUAAUUCAUUUUAACAACAAGCUCAAGAGAUACAAUAUCUGGUUUCAUAGAAAGUAUAAGUGUGUAUUUAAUUUUUUUAUUUGCUCAGUUAUAUCAAAUGUAGUAGGUAUGUUUACAGCUAAUGCUUAUAUGCCCUUUAAGGUUACAUUACCAAUCAGUCUAGUCAUUAUGAUAUUGGUUAAUUUGAUAUUUUUUUCUGCAUUCCUAUAUACAGUUAUUGGAUUGAAAGGUGUGCUUUUAUGCUAACAAGUAUUUGUCCACUUGAAAAUAUUUGUAUGUUGAAGGUUUAAAUAUCAGAAUGCUUCCUAUUUACACAAAUAAGGCACAGAUAUAGUCUUGUUAGUAGUAUAUACAGCAUACCAAAUAAACUAUUGAAAUGA